GUCGCGAGCUGGAGGUGGAAGGAUGGAGACCGGGGACCCGGUGCUGCCGCCGCCGCCGCCGCCCGAGGAGCUGAAGCAGCGGCUGGAGGCGGCGGGUCAGGCCCAUGUGCUCCGGUUCUGGCCGGAGCUGGCGGCGGGCGAGCGGAGCUCCCUGGCGGCCGAGCAGGCCUGGGAGCCGCGGGAGCUGCGGGCUCACUGCGAGGCGGCCAAGCGGGCCCUGACCCCGGCCAGGCCUCCGGCUCGCCCGAUGGAGCCCGUCCCACAGCAGCUGAUGGGCAGCGCGGUCAGAGGCCACCCCGAGGUCCUCAGCCGGUGGGAGCAGCGAGGAUUCCAGCUGAUCUCUGAGAAUAAAGUGGCUGUAAUCCUGCUGGCUGGGGGCCAAGGCACCCGCCUCGCUGUGCCUUAUCCAAAGGGUAUGUAUAACGUGGGGCUCCCCAGUGGGAAAACACUGUACCAGAUUCAGGCGGAGAGGAUCCGGAAGGUGCAGGAGCUUGCGGAGGUCAAGCAUGGCAACAAAUGCACCGUCCCUUGGUACAUCAUGACCAGCGAAUUCACAUUGGAGCCAACCCAGAGAUUCUUUGCCGAGCACGACCAUUUCAACCUGGACAAGUCCGACAUCAUUAUGUUUGAGCAGCGGAUGAUUCCAGCCGUGGGUUUCGACGGAAAGAUCAUUCUAGAACAGAAGGGGAAAGUUGCCAUGGCUCCAGAUGGGAAUGGCGGGCUGUACCGAGCCCUGGCAGACAGCAUGAUCCUGGAAGACAUGGAUCGUCGAGGCAUUCGGUACCUUCACGUCUACUGCGUGGACAACAUCCUGGUCAAAAUGGCGGACCCUAUCUUCAUAGGUUUCUGCGCAGAGAAAGGAGCGGACUGCGGUGCUAAGGUGGUCGGAAAGACAGACCCUAGCGAGCCGGUGGGUGUGGUGUGUCGAGUCGACGGAAUCUACCAGGUGGUAGAGUACAGCGAAGUCAGCCAGGAGGUGGCCGAGAUGCGAGACGAGGACGGAUGCCUGACCUACAACGCUGGGAACAUCUGCAAUCACUUCUUCACUCUGGAUUUCCUCAAGUCCAUUGCAGAAGAGUUUGAACCUAAGCUGGUACCUCACAUGGCCAUCAAGAAGAUUCCAUUUGUGGAUGAGCAGGGGAACAGAGUGAAACCAGAGAAAGGCAACGGCAUCAAGAUGGAGAAAUUUGUCUUUGAUGUUUUCCAGUUUGCCAAGAAUUUUGUGGUGUUUGAGGUUUCGAGAGAAGAGGAGUUUUCGCCUCUGAAGAACGCGGCUGGUGCUGGUGUCAAAGACUCUCCAGUGACUGCCAGGCGGGCUCUGCUGUGGCAGCACCAGCGCUGGGCACUGCGGGCAGGCGGGCACUUCCCCAACCACCAAAUACCUCGCUCAGACUGGUCGGAGGAGAGUGAGGAGCCCCCGCUGGUGUGUGAGAUCUCGCCGUUGGUCUCGUACGCAGGAGAGGGCCUGGAGGUAUACCUGAAGGACAGAGAGCUCUAUUCACCUCUCCUCUUGACCAAGAAGAUGGCAGAAGAACUAGCGAAGGCCAAGUUGGCCGUCUAAUGUUGGGAGAAACACCUUCGCUGCUGGCAUUGUAAUUAAUUGAAAACAGUUGGGUGGUGCGUUUACUAUGGCGUCCAAACAUUUACAGCAUUUCCUCAGUCCUCGAGUGUGGGGGUUGUGUCCAUACAUUCCACAGGUCCGAAGCCCUUUCAAGGUGGUUUUCUUGGCCGUAUUAGUCCUAUGUCACAGUCCUCAGGCUUCUAUCAUACGGUCAUAAACUGGCUGGCCAGUUGUUCCUGUGCUUCACAAGGAGAGAUCUCAGCAAUCCACCUGUGACGGUGGAUUCCUGUAGCAUAAUGGUUAACACACUCGCCUCGCAAGCGAGCGGAACCAGGUUAAAUUCCUGAGCGCGGUGAAACCUUGGGCAAGUUUCUUUACUCUUCACGCCUCUGUUUAUCCAGCAAUAAGUAGGAACCCGGUUGUUAGUUGAUUGGCGAAUCACUUUAAGGGAUGAUAAUAAUCCCUCCAAAAAAUUUGCUCCAUUGUUUGUGAGCACUGCUGUGCGCAAUUGGCUGCCACGUUAGUGGUUAGUCAAUUCACUUUACAGUAUAUUUUGUGAAUGCGUUUUGAGAUGUCUCGAAGACGUGAUAAGGCGCUAUAUCAAAUGCAAGGAUUAUUAUUAUGCUUUGUGAUACUAUUGUGCUUUUUAUAAAUCCACAAACUUUCAGUACUAUAUAACUUUAUGUAUACUUUAUACCUUUGUAAUUCUAUAACUUUGAAAGAGAAUGAUCUGAUAUUGACCUAUGCUUUAAAGUGCCUUUCCUGGUCCUCCGGCAGAAAUAUCUGGAGACAUUGUGCAAUUACUGAGGUAACAUUUCAUUUUCUGCCUCAAUAGCUGUGAGAGCCAGUGCAAUAAAUUGGGAUUAAUAUCAAUGCCAAA